AUGAAUAAUUCUGUAGCAAGUUCGGCGGCAAAGGUUGGAGAAAUAUUUACCGAAGCUGGAGCUGCUUUUAAUAAAUUAGCGGAUUUAGCAAUGACACUACAUCCUAUGGGAGAGCCAAGUAUUAGUCAGCAGCCUAAAACACCUGUAAAGAAGAAAGCAGUAGAAGAAAGAACAAUAGCCAGUGCCAGUAUACCAGCCCAUACACAGCAUAAUAUCCACUCUGCACCUUUAUCCCAACAGGUAACACUGAACAUGCUAAAUGCUCAAGAAACAGAAAUAGACACAGAUGGAUUAGGCGGGGAUGUCAAGUUGGAGUUUGAAUCGAGCACAGAUGAAGUGACCACAUGA